UCUAACCCUACCACCAUCACAUAUUGUUGUGUAUAUAAGAACAAUUAGUUGUGAAAACCUCCAAACAACACUUGUCCUCAUCUCUCUCGUCUUCGUUAGGCCAUGGCCUCAAGCUCGUUGGCAUGCUCGUGGACGUCCAAGCAAAACAAGAGGUUCGAGGAGGCCCUAGCAAGGUUCGACAAGGACACACCGGAUCGUUGGCACAACGUAGCCCGGGCAGUUGGUGGGAAAUCAGCAGAUGAAGUGAGGAGGCAUUAUGAAAUACUAGUUAAAGACAUUAUGCAAAUAGAGAAUGAUCAAGUCCCCAUUCCUAACUACAGAGCCCUUGCAAGAGGAUAUGCCCAUGAACUAAGGCUUAUGAGGAAUCUCAAGCUGCAGUGAUGAGGAAAUGCAUACUCCAAUUAAGGUUCAAGAAAAUAAGAGAAUUAAUAGUAGUUAAUUUUCUGCCAUUUUAUUUUUAUUUUAUUUUUAUUUUUAUUUUUCCUGAAAGGAUUUGUCGUGGCAGAGAUAUGGUUUCUCUUCAGAAUGUCAUUCUCAUAAAUGAACUCUGAUUUAAGAUA